GUCUUGGCACAUCUUAUUUCAAAUAUGCAAUAUCAACGUCGUUUUGGUCCGUAUUUAAUUAAUGUCUUGGUCGCUGGCAUUGAUCUAACAUCAAAAAAACCGUUUAUUGCUGGCUCGGACUCUGUUGGCGGCAUGUCAGAGUUCGGAGAUUUUGUAUGUGUAGGUGCAGGUGAUGAAUUUGCAUUGGCCUCCUGCGAAACUUUUUGGCGUCCUGAUCUAACCGCUGAACAGUUAACUGAGGCGACUGCACAAGUAAUGCUCGGAGUCAUUGAGCGUGAUGCGGCAACUGGAUGGGGUGCUAUUGUUUAUACGGUCACACAGACUGGAGUUACUUCUCACGCACUCAAAUGCCGACUUGAUUGA